ACCCUUCCUGCUGCAAGCACGCAGCUCCAGGUAUGGGACAUGCCCGGAGCUGGGUCAUGGUGUGGCUGUUGAUGAACAGGAAUCAGUGAGGAGUAUCGUUACAGGAGCCUUUUCCUGGUUCUGAGCCUUCCUACAACCUCCAGACCCCCCCGGCACACCCAGAGAAAGACAGAACAUGGACAUCAAGGAAUACUUUGCCAGAAUUUCCUACCAGGGCAGCUAUGACAAGCCGGACCUGGAUACCUUAACGGCGAUAUUCCAGCACCACAUCCGUGCGGUGCCUUUUGAGAACCUCAGCAUCCACUGUGGGGAGCGCGUGGAGCUGGACCUGGGGCCGGUGUACCACAAGAUCGUGCGGAAGAACCGCGGGGGCUGGUGCAUGGAAAACAACCACCUCCUGUCCUGGGCCCUGAAGACCCUCGGGUACGACGUCACCCUGUUGGGAGCCAAAGUUUAUGUCCCCGAGGACGACACGUACGCCGAUGAAAUCGACCACCUUCUCCUCAAAGUGGUCCUUCAAGGCAAGUCCUACAUUGUGGACGGUGGCUUUGGGAUGUCCUACCAGCUCUGGCAGCCCAUGGAGCUCGUUGCGGGCAAGGACCAGCCUCAGACGCCUGGCAUCUUUCGCUUCCUGGAGGAAGAUGGGAUCUGGUACCUGGAGAAGGUGAAAAGGAAGCAGUAUGUCCCCAACCAAAGCGACGCGACUUCUCACAACGUGGAUAAAGAGGUUUGCCGGCGGAUUUAUCUCUUUACCCUGCAGCCGCGAGACAUCGAGGAGUUCAGACCCCGCAACCUGCACCUGCAGACGGCGCCAGGCUCCCUCUUCGUCACCAAGUCCAUCUGCAGCUUGCAGACCACCGAGGGCAUCCGCGCCUUGGUCGGGUGGAAACUCACAGAGAUGACCUACAACUAUAAGGGUAAUAUGGAUCUGGUGGAAAUCAGAAUCCUCACAGAUGAAGAAAUAGAGAAAACGCUCAAAGAGAAAUUCAACAUAACACUAGACAAGAAACUUGUGCCAAUCAAUACUAGCAGGUUGUCUCUGUUUUAACAGACUGCCUGAUUUAAUUCAAUGCAGUGAUACUUAGUACAUUCUUUCCCCUAUCUUUGACGAGCACUAAAGGUUAGGCUCCGCUUUCCAUCUACCCCAGCUUAGGACAGAACAUAUUAGCAUGAAUCUGGAAAAGAAAUUGAUUUUCACAACCGUUCCUGCAUCUGUGCCUGGUUCAGGUACAAACAAUUUCCUCCUGGCUCAAUCAAAUGGCUCCUGUUCUGUACCUGCAUAGCUGGAAGGAGGCUCUGCCUGCUCCCUUCCCCUUCCAUCCCAUCAGAGCCUUUCUCACUAGUGCUGGUGGGACAACACAUCUGUUUCCUUAUUACUUUGCACCUGAGGAAAACCAUAUCUACAUCUUAAAUGACUACCAUAUCAUUUUUGAAAUUUAAUAGCUGGAAAAACACAGAUGUUCAGUGCUCAGUUUGCCACCACAAGCCCAAGUCUGUCCUCCCCACGUAGCUUUGUGCUUGGGACAUACCUGGCAAAUACCGCAUGGCUUUUGAUGGCCUAAAACCGAUAGUCAGAAACAUUAGGAGAAAAAUGGAUCUCAUUUCUGAUUUGAAAUCCCCUUGUUCUCUCUGUGGUGUAACCAAAACCCAGUAAUUCUGGGGCUGUCUUUGGAUCUGCAGUGUCUCCCAUGCAGUUUGUUUGCUCAAUCCCGCAGCGGGCAGCUGGAAUGUGUCCCCUGCUCCCAGGGUGCUCUUGCUGCUCUGCAUAUUGCUGCACAUUAAUUACUGUGGUUGAACCCAAAUUCAUGCAGAAGGGUUUUUUUUUUCCAAAACAUAUCUGUUCUACUGAAGAUGUGUUUGCAGUGAUACUAAUUAUAUUGAUAUAAGGAGAAAGCAUAAAUCUUAAUCAGAUACCUAAAGG